UGUAUUCAAACAUUACGGUAUAACAUCUCAUUUAAAAUGACUUUCGCUGCGUUUUUAGUUAUCUUUGGAAUGUAUAGCUCUCAAGUCUUGGAGGCUAAAGAACCUGUUUGUUCUAAAUUUGCAUAUGAAGAACAGCUUUUAGAGAAAAUGAUAAGGACUGAAAUUAAGGUAGAAACUAUGGGGAAUGAAAUUAAGAAAACUGAGGAAAAUGUAAUCAGUACAUUAGUCGAAAUUAAACGAGCAGUUUCAGAUUUUACGGACAUGUUUGCAGAUAUGAAGGGGAACAUAACAGAUGAAACGUUAAAGAGAAGUGACGAGAUGAAAAGGAGAGAAGAAUCAUUCAAGAAAUUAUUUGAGGAGACAAGAACAAACCUCACGAGUGACAUGGAAGCUAAGAAAGAAGAACUUACUCAACUUAGGGGAAAACUUGAACGACCUCCGAUCGCUUUUCAUGCACACCACGUGGCAGAUUUGCUUCUUGAUAUAACAGAUGAGAUUAUUAUAUUUACGAAAAGUUUGAUUAACGAGGGAAUAGGUUACGACACUUCUACUGGAAUUUUUACAGCACCCGUUGGAGGACUGUUCCAAUUUUCUGUUCAUACAUGUGCUUAUUAUGCAAAAUUUGCAUAUAUUGGUCUAGUGUUGGGAGGUCAAGUUAUCGCAGCAGAUUCAAACUAUGACAAGGAUUAUUACACCUGUAGUACUGUUGGAGCAAUAAUUAGAGUAAAAUCAGGAGAAAAAGUUUGGGUCAAAUCAACAUCGUCAAGUUCUAACCGCCGGCUGUUUCAAGACUCAUAUAGGAUGAACACAUUCAGUGGAGUACUUGUCAACAACUGAAUGAAUAAAUCAUUCAACAUUGACAUGAGUAGCAAUGUUAAUUCUAUAUUUGUAUCUGAAGGUACACAUAAAUCUUUUAGUGCCAUUGCUUUAGUUUAUUAAGAC